GUGGAAGCACGUGGUCGGUUGAGGCUGCCCGGUAUCAGAAGGUGAGGCUAGCGCAGUCAAAUGUGGAAGAAGGAACCCCACCAGGAAAAAGGAUCCCCGCCUUCUGGAAAGCCAGUCUGUUGCAGAAGAAUUUGUUUGAUGUGCCCUACUUCGGAGGCUUCUGUGUUGAAUGUCUGAGGCGCUCCAGCUAAACCCUAGCCAUGUCGCAGAUGUUGCACAUAGAAAUUCCCAACUUUGGGAACACCGUGCUGGGCUGCCUGAAUGAACAGAGGUUGCUGGGACUGUACUGCGAUGUCUCCAUCGUGGUCAAAGGUCAAGCCUUCAAAGCCCACCGGGCAGUGCUGGCAGCGAGCAGCCUGUACUUCCGAGACCUGUUCAGCGGGAACAGCAAGAGCGCGUUUGAGCUUCCGGGGACGGUGCCUCCGGCCUGCUUCCAGCAGAUCCUGUCGUUCUGUUACACCGGGAAGCUCACCAUGGCCGCCAGCGAACAGCUCGUGGUGAUGUACACAGCCGGCUUCCUGCAGAUCCAGCACAUCGUGGAGAGGGGCACGGACCUCAUGUUCAAAGUGAGCUCCCCGCACUGCGACUCGCAGACCGCUAUGAUCGAGGACGCCAGCUCGGAGCCCCAGAGUCCCUGCAACCAGCUCCAGUCGGCCUCCGGGCCCUAUGUCAUGUCUCCCUCGAUGCCCAUCCCGCUCCUCACCCGGGUGAAGCACGAGACCCUGGAGCUCCAGCCCGCUGUCGCUGCCACCGGCCCGGGCCUCCCCACCAAGCGGCCCUUGGAGGCCGGGGCCCGCGACGGUCCCGGGGCCGGGGUCUCCAACGCGGCCGCGGCGGCCCCCCUGAAACUGUCGCGCGUCUCCUACUAUGGUAUGCCCAACUUGGCCACCCUCAUCCCCAACAUCCAGCAGGUGCAGUAUUCCCAGGGCGAGCGGACCAGUCCCGGGGCCAGCAGCCUCCCCACCACCGACAGCCCCACGUCCUACCACAACGAGGAGGACGAGGAGGACGACGAGGCCUACGACACCAUGGUCGAGGAGCAGUAUGGCCAGAUGUACAUCAAGUCCACGGGGGGAUACUCAGUACAAGAAAAGCCAGAGCAGAUUCCUUUAGAGAGCCGGUCCUGUGUGCUGAUUCGGAGAGAUCUGGUGGCCCUGCCAGCAAGUCUCAUCAGCCAGAUUGGCUACCGCUGCCACCCCAAGCUCUACUCUGAGGGAGACCCUGGAGAGAAGCUAGAAUUGGUUGCAGGUUCAGGUGUCUACAUCACCCGGGGCCAACUGAUGAACUGUCACCUCUGUGCUGGGGUGAAGCACAAAGUUUUACUGAGGCGUCUUCUGGCUACAUUCUUUGAUCGGAACACCCUGGCCAACAGCUGUGGUACUGGAAUCCGUUCCUCCACCAGUGAUCCCAGUCGGAAACCCUUGGAUAGCCGAGUCCUAAAUGCCGUGAAACUGUAUUGCCAGAAUUUUGCUCCGAGCUUUAAGGAAAGCGAGAUGAAUGUCAUUGCCGCCGACAUGUGCACCAACGCCCGCAGGGUCCGCAAGCGCUGGCUCCCCAAGAUCAAGUCCAUGCUCCCCGAGGGCAUGGAGAUGUACCGCACUGUCAUGGGCGCCACCACGACCAAUGUCCCCUUGGAUCCCGAAUUCCAGCCCACCACUGCUCAGGUCUUUGAGCAGCGCAUCUAUGCAGAGCGGAGGAGCGACACCGGCACCAUUGUGGCUCUGAGAACUAACGCGGUCAAUGUAGACCUGAGCAACGGGGCCAACCCGCCGUUUGAACAGAACGAGGAGGUGGAGGGGGCCGGCGGCACCGUCAUCCAGGAGGUCGCCGGCCCCGAGCCCCUGCCCUCGGAUACCCAAAGCCCUCCACAGCCUUUCGAACAAGGUUCGGCCAACACGAGCAGGCCAGAAACCCCGGUGAGGAGACAAGAUGGUACUUAUGGAGGGACUUUGUAAGGAUCUUUAAAGAAAAGAAGAGAGAGAAAGAGUGUGAGAGAGAGAAAGAGAGAGAGAAAGAGCGAGAGAGAGAGAGAGAACGAGAACACGGUUGUGACUUAUAAGGGAUCUAAAUACUAAAGCUGCUUGCAUGCAUUACUAAUACAAAAAAAAUGUGAUCAAUCCACUUACCUACUGAACUGCUACUGUUGCCUGAAAAAAAUGUGAUUUUUAUUCUGCUUGUAUUUAAAAAUUUAUGAAGGAAAUAAUCGCAUUCGUUAUACUGUAAAUGAUUAGGUCAACGGCGACCUAUAAAGAAAAAGUUACUGGGCUCCUUUUUGAUAUUCCUGAGGUUAGUCUUAAAACUUGUAGCUUUUUUUUUUCUCCUUUUAAAAAGCAGGGCGAGAGAGAGGAGUAGUGAUUUUGCCUCUUUCUCUCCCUGGCCUUGUCCAUCACCGUGUCCUCUUCAGUUCAAAAGUAACCACUGUUAACUACUUCACCAAAAAGUUUUACCGUCACUUGAGUGAAAAGUAUCAUUUCAGUGGUGUUCCUGACACUGGCUGUUCCUCAGCUGUUAGGAAUGAUCCAACCCUUUAGGGCCCUUGAGUUUUAAGCUUGAGGUCGGUUGGUUGCAGUGCCACUGUAGAGGUGGGGAAGGGGCUCUCAGGAGCCUUCUCCAAGCAUGCUCUGGGUUUUCUUUCCUGUCAAACUGCUCCCGCCACAGUUCCUGCUGCCCAUCUUCAUGGAGAGGGACACCGUCAGAGCUGCCUUGGUGAAGUCCCCCAUUGCCGGGACUUCUAAAAUCCUGGCAUGCCUUUCUCUCCCCUUUUCACCCCUAUCCAGCCCCCAUCUCUUUUCCCCUUCGGCCAGGGGCACGCUUCCCGCCUCAUCUUCCGAGGAAAAGUGGUGAUGCUGAAAGCAGAGCAGCUCUUCUGUCAGUCAUGUUACAAAGCAGAAGUCAGCUGUAAUGAAUGCCCAGCCUUUGCCCAACCUAGAGAUUAACUUGAACAGCAGUCUUGGAGGGAAGUGGCUAAACUCUGAGGUGAGCUGUUUCUCCAGUUUUAACUGGAACAGGCUCCAAUGACGUUCCUCUUUCUUUCUGCUAACAAGUGAAUGAAAGUGAAACCCCAGUUCAUUCUUUUUUUCUCUGUCCCAUUCUCUCUGUCUCACUCUUUCUUCCCCCCCACCCCGCUCUCUCUUUCGCUUUCUCCAUUUACAAAAUUUUUCAUGACUGUGCCAUAAGCUUUGGGUCUCUGAAGGAGCUUUAAAGGGGAGGAAUUCUUCUCCUUCCCGUCCUUCACCCCAGUGAACCAAAUCACUGCAAACCAAGCACAGACUUGCUGGUCAGACUGUGCCGGUCAUUCUUGGGGAAGGGGGCAAUUGUCUGGAUCUCGUUUCUCUUCCUUUCUCUCUGUUGCCCCCCAUCUGAGAGACAGCCCAACCCAUUUCCCAAUUUGAGACAUUUGGAAGAAUGGAAGUCUCGCCUCACAUUAGUCAAAAAAUCUCAGCUGAAAUGGCUGAAAUCUCAGCCAUUGAGUGGUUUGGCCAAAACCAAGAUCCCCGGGUUCUCUGGCCACUAGAACCACUCUAGCAGAACAGGAGAAAGUUGGACGAGAGGCGUAUGGGUGGGGUGUCUUCCAUUGCUCCCGGUUGCUGAAGGGGCCCCCACCAUUUGGCUCUUUUCCAUUGGGUGCCCUCAGGCAGUCAGCAGAGUGAUGCAGCAGCCCAGAGUGGCAUGUCUUGGGGUGAGAUCCUUGAGUUCAGGGCAGACUGGGAUGCGGAUGGGGACCUGUGCCCAAAGAGACAGCGAUCGAGAGUCGGCCGAAGUCGGGGACCGGAGAGUCUAGAGCUGAAUUGAGAAUCUCAUUCGGAGAUGACAAUAGCCCACAGAAAGAAGCCAAACCUUCCACAAGGUGACAGUAAACCUUUCCCUCAAAGACAGCCCUAUCGGGGAACUUGGGAUGGUUUAGACAAGCCUGUCUGACAUGCACUAUAGAAAUUGUAUUUCUCCACUGUGUGCUUUACUUAAGACUUUUUUUGAAAAAUUUAACUCCAUAUUCUGUUGUACUACUAAUUGAGGAGGGGAUGACGAGUUGAAGUAGCCUGGUGGAAGCCGGUCCGGGAAUUUUGGGGUGAAUAACAGGAAGACUGUGGUGUAUGUUAAAAAGGGAAAUGCCAGGUGCUUGCUGGUGAGAAAAGGGUGCUUAAUACUGUAGAGUUUGGAAUGCUUUAAAGUUUAAAGCGUAGCCAGUGGAAGGGGAGCGACUGAGAAGGUGUCGGGAGAGGCCAACUUGUGGCUCAUUUUAAUUGUGUGCUUUCAAAGUUAAUGAUGGUAAAUUAGAUGAUGAAGAGUGCCCCAAAAGGGUCAGUUAAAAAAAAAAAGGAAGCGCCCAUUUUGCUUUUCAGGUUUCUGAAUUCUCAACACAUUGGGGUAGGGAAUGUGUUUGAGUUCCAAACUGUCUCCAGUUUAUCCCCCCCAUCCUGGAAAGAAAUGUUGGCAUUAUUGACAGAAUUGCUGGCUUCUUUUCCCCUCCCACUCUCCAAACUCAUUUUUCUUGGCCCUUGCAUAAAAAAUAUUAGUAAUUAUUUAAAAAUCCACCCAUGCAGCCCUCCCCCUAUCCCAUUCCAUUUUGAACAGCAUUGAGUUUGUCAAGAUUUCAGUCAAGAGGCUAUUGUGCCUCAGAGCCUCGAGUCCAGUUCUGCAGAGCUGGGACUCCGCUGUUCAUGGGCUGGUGGCCUCUUACCCUCUCCCUGUACUUUCCCAUUGAUGUCAUUUCCUCAAAUCGGCCCAAGAACCACAACUGGCAUCAACACCUACCUAAGGGCCACUUCUGUCAGAUCCCCUUGCAGACCCACAAGCAAAAGAUAAACACCCCCGUGAGGACUUAGCCAACAGAAAAGCAGAUCUUUCCCAUCCUUGUCAAAAUAUUUUAUUUUUAUUUUAAACAAAUUUUCCAUCCGCCCCCCGCCUUGCCUAUAAACAAAAUUCUUUCCAUUGCCCCCUUCUUGGGUAGGAUGUUGAAGGAAAAGCUAAAAUUCUAAUAAACCAAGUGUUGGCACGGUAACAUUGCGGUGGCCACCCUUGUUGGCCUACCCUUGAGUUCAGGACCCCGUCGUCUACCCUAGGGGAAAAGAGGGUAGAGAAGACCUCCUGGAGGAGAGGAUAGUGGGGUAUUAGGGGCACUGGACAACGAGGGAUGGAGCUUGAGACUUAGUGUGUAGUUAAGAUCUGUUGAGGCUAAUGACGAGGUGUGGAAACUGGCCAUUCAGACCGAUGAGUCGGUCACCUCAUUGCUGGUACUUUUAGGGAGGAAUCAUUCAUGUGGGGGGUUUUUGGCCUAAGGAUCACAGAUAAUGUACUGAUGCACACCUGGCCUGGCCAAAGCCACAGCAGCAGAAGAGAGAUGAGGCACAGGGCGGCAGUCGUGAGGUCAGUCGUCAUGAUAGUACAGUGCUCUGCACACAGAAAGCGCUCAGUAAAUACGAUUGAUUGAUUUGGGGCUGUGUUCCAACAGAGAAACCCAUGAGGCCCUGUGCUUUUUGACACUGGAUUGGGGCCUGUCUCCUCCUCCCCUUUCCUCCCCUCACUGAGAGCUGGGUGUGGAGAUAAGUGGCCAGAUCGUAGAGCACCUUCGGGUGUGGUUGGGAGCUAGCAUGGGUGGAUGUGGGCCCCUCCGCAGCCCACCAAAGUGGCCAUAGCAGACCUCCAGCUCUUUUAGUUCCCCCCUGCUGAUCAGGAUCCAGUGGGCUGGUGAACCUGAAAUUACCGCGGCUUUCCUCACUGUCCCGAGGGAGGAUAGUAGAUAGAGGAUGGAGGGGAUGCCCUGUAGUGAGCAGAAUCUUUAUCACACGAAAAGCUUCCCCAAACUAAAAAAUUUCCCACCCUCUCCCUCCUCCUCCCAAGUUGGCUCUUGAAUUUGGGCCGAUGAGGCCGUCAUCUAGAACCGGUUGUUCCGAGUUGGCCUUGGAUCGGAGCGGGCCCAGAUCCGCACCUCCGGGGCAACGGGGAACUAGGCCAGUGGUCUUCGUCUGAGCGAGAGGGGCUGGGGCAUCUGAAGGGCUGGGCUGGUUGCACGAGGUGAAAAUAGAUCUAUUUUUAUACUUAGCACAACUUUCCUGGGGUGUUUAUGCGUCGGGGUGGGGGUGGGGUAUUGUGUUUUUUGUGGUUUUAUUCUUGUUUUAUUUUGUUUUUACUUUUUUCGUUGGUGUUUUUGGUUUAGGAAGGCAAGAUCUGUAGGUAAAACUUUAAAAAAAAUGUGAAUGGUCCUGAGCUUUUCCUUUUCUCUCGGGAAAGGGGGGAGCAUUUUGCACUAAUGUUUCCUGUGUGUGGAGGAUUAAUGAUAUGUUUGAAAAUGUAUAUGGAUGAUGAUUGUAUCCUUUAAGGAAAACAAUGAAUCCCUUAAGAUACUGAAUGUAAAGUGAACAUGAAGCAGUCCUUGGCGUUUUAAUGGGGCUUUCCUGAGUGCCUUAGAGUUUUUUGAUCCAUUUUUCCCAAGGAAAACAGAUCCAGAAAAUAAGACCAUGUCCCCCCUCUCCUUCUUUGUUUACGACACUAUUAACAAUUGAAAUUUGGGGCUGCUUUGUCAUGUUAGUGUGAAAUUGCAUUCAUCUAGAUGCGGUAGAGCAAAGAUCUCAGUAUUUAUGACAUGUCUGCACCUUUAUUCUUAUGCUUGACUAUUAGCAAUAUGCAUAUAAAUAUAUAUUAUAUAAUAUAUCUAAAUUAUAUCAAGCACCUUUUCAAAAAAAAAAAAGAGAAAGCUGAACAGAGUUUGAGCUGAAGUUACACGUAGCUGCCGUAGUGUAGAACUAAACCUUCCUCUGGGUGCCAAAGUGGCAAAAGCCCAGAACCCUGGUUCCGAUUCUGGAUGUACUUUAUGAUAGUGGCACUGGGACGCUUUUCUUUCCAUCCAUCGCGUGUCGGAUACUGUGUGAUUCCAGUUUAACCGGGGACUGUAGAAGACAACCGACGAAGGCCCGCUCCACUAGUGAGAGGCACGAAUGACUAAGAAUAAAAAGAAAUGUCGCUGACUGUGUGUCAAGACCCAAGGUGUGUUGGGUAGCUUUGUACUUGAAAUCUCUGUAGUUUUCUUAACUGUUGCUAAUCUCACCUGGAAACGUUUCAGUGACCCCCCCACCCCCUUGACUGCCAUGGAGACAGCACGGGUGAGCAAAGGGGGUUGGAGUUUUAUUUCAUUGAUUGAGCCUGUGAUGGUGUUUGUCUGAAACGUCCUCGUUGAGGCUUCUGGGCUCUGAAGGAAGACGACUCUGUGAGGCUCAUGUAUACGUGUGGUCUUCAAGCGCGCUCGCUAUAAACGUGGGCCUCGCCACCCUUUCCAACAGUGUGUUCUGUUGAUCAUCUCCAAUUGUUUCGAUUCUGAAAGCCUGGAAUGGAAUAAAGGAUAAAGAACCUGGCUUGCCGUGCCAUAACAUUUUAGCUGUGUUUCGUUUUUCAUUUUUCUUCAUGCGGUGGUGGGGGGGGACCUUCUCUGGGAGGAAUGUCUUACACUGGGAAAGAGACCCCUGAGUGUGGGUCCGGGCCCCCUCUGUGGGGGAAGGUGGAGGUUGGGGAUGGGAACUGGGGAUGUGUCCUGGAUCCAAGAUCCUCUUCCGAGGUGUCUGUGUCGUGAUCUGGCUUGUGACUAGCGGGAGUUUCUGGAAACGAUCCUCGGAUCUCCCCCAUCUCCCUUCCCGAAGGAGUUUCAAGCAGACACUGGGGUCUCUAGGCUCUUUGCCGUUAGUUGGUCAUUCCCGCCUGGCCUGGGGGAGGGAGUCCAUCAACAGGUGACGGAGAAAUUCAGUGUCAAGCAGCAGUAUCACCUUCCUCAAACAGCCCCUACACUGGAACUGCUUCCCCUUUGUAACACAUGUCUACGGGACCAUGACAUUCGAGACAUGCUUUCUGUAAGGGUCGAGCGGAUCUCCCCGGUCAUUUUACUGCUAAGCUUUUGUUCAGAUUGCUUAUUUUUAUGGAAAUAUCUUGCUGCAAGGGAGAAGGGUCCAUGGCCCAUUAACCAACUGAAACUAGAGACAGCCCCAGUAUAGGUCUGCUGGCAGUAAACUCUAAACACGAAAUUGAGGGUUCAUAGCUGUCUUGGGCUUUAACUACUGUUUCAAAAUGUUCCUGCUGUAUAAAUUCAUCCUGAUGUCAGGAAGCAAGCUCGUGGUGCGUAGAUCACCAUACCAGAGAUAUUUGGGGCUUGUUACAAGAUGUUUCUAAAAGUAAAAAAAGUGCUUUUUUUGGUUGGUUUAUUUUUUAAUCCAAAAAAGAAAAAGAGAGGAACUUUAAGUCUCAAGCACUCAAAUUGGAAAAGCUUGCCGUGUUUCUGAUCAAUCUCUUCCAUUGUUAGCAUUUUGCACAUGAUUGUGGUUUUUAUGUCAAAAAAAGCCAAAACUUGCAAUACUAUUUUUAGCAGACAAAAGAAAAAAAAACUAAGUAUAAAUGUAUAAAUAUUUUUGACUUGAACAUUUGGAUGGCACUUGAUUCAAAUAGAACAUUAAUCCUUUGGACAGAAUGUUUGGAAAUAAGAGACAUUAAAGUAUAAGGUUGUUUUUAAAGAGUCUGUUUAGGGUAUUAAGUAGUACUGUAAUUCAUGACUGUUAAAAAAAAAAAAAGAUGAGAUAAAAAUUGCUCCUGUGCUGUUAGAAAGAUUUCACAGUACCACUGAGUUAUGUUUCAGCCACAAAAGUUGCUAGCUUUUUAAAAAUGUUUUGGAUUUUGUUUUUGUGUAUUAUUCACUAGUAUUUAUGUGCUGUUACUCUGUAUAGUUAAGACUGUUAUUUUAUAGCCAUGGCUGACACACUAUAUCAGUAACUAGAAAAGAGAAACAACAAAAAACCUACAAACCCCCAAGAGUUUGAAGUGUGCUCAUAGCUGUUUUCAUAUGAUGAAAAAUCCAUUAAAAAUGAUGUGAUCAUUAAUUGUAAAACGCUUUGUAAAAUUCACAUUUACAAAUAAUAAAGUAAACUCAAAUUAAA